ACCAUCAUCAUCAACUCCAUCUUCUUGCUCCGUUGUUGCAUCGUGUGAAUCGUGGAUCUUUUGCUUUUUAACUCAAAACCGUCUCUUUGUGAGGAAGUUUACUUUUGUGAAAAGCCCCCAAACACAGCCACUUGGCUGUAUCACGUUAAGCAGUGUGAUAGUUGUGAAGAAAAUUCGCCCUUGAUCAGCUCAAGGAAACAGGGCCCUUGUGGCUGGUUGUUUUUCUUUCCCUUCUUUUGUCUAGCCCCCCAUCGGUUGGAUCGCUUCGCAAAACAGAAUCAGUUGAAAGGUUCGACCAGCUAGCAAGGGUUACGUUCGAUCUCAUUCACACCCACCCGCCCUGGGGGGUACCAGAUCCAUCGAAGGUGGUAGUAACCCAACAGUCCCCUGACCAACGCAACUGACCGUCGUCAUUUCGGUUUCAGUUUUGCUUUCGAGCUGGUGAACCAAACGACAAAGGUGGUGAGAGUUGCGCGAGGCAAAGGUGCCACGGGCCAAGAGACAAAAGCGUAACACAACCACCAUAACACAUCGUUGCUAAUCGUAAUCGCAGCAAGCCAUUCAUCGGGCAAGGUUGCUCGUGUACAAAGUCGGAGACACGUUGGAACGGGUUUACAGAAAAGUAUUCCUGAAAGUAGUAAGAACAUUCCUGAAGUUGGUAAUCAUUAAAAAAGGUGUAGAUUUGUAACGCAGAACACGGAGAACCGACAAUCACCGUCCAGUUCGUGUAGCUAGGCGCAUCGUAGUGUGUGUGUGUAUAUAUAUGAGAAAUAGAAGGUGUUGGUGAACCCACAGUACGUGUGUGUGUGUAAUGUGUGCGUGAAAAGAAUGAGAUAGCUAGUGCGAGAAAGAGCCAGCAGUAAAGUGGUUUUGAUGGUGGGUGUCUUGCUGUCAGCAGGAACAUCAUCAUUCUACACACUGAGAGGACAAAAGCAAAGUGCAAUCCGCAGUCGGUUCGCGAACUCCAAAACGGUCAAUACGGCGACGUACGUGUGAAAAGUGAGACAGAGUGAGAACAAUAGAACGGGUUGCAGAAGAAGUGUCGUGCAUUGGUGUUUGAGUGCAUGUGUGCGUGUGUGUGUGUUGGUCCAUUAUAUUUCGAAUGCAUGGCUGCAGCAGUAAAUUGAAGAAGCAGUGAAUAUUUGCGGAUUACCGUGGUGUGUUUCACUUUACCGAGGGGCUAUUGUGUCAGCAGUGGGCCGCUUUCCCUCGAGUAGAUACACACAGACACACACACACAUACACACGCGAGCUUGCUGUGUCCCUGCUGAUGGCCGACAAUGCGCCUGCAGCCGCUGCAAGUAGUGUGAAGUGUGGUGACGGUGGUCAGCCUCUCGACAGUUCGCUGAAGUCCUCGAAAAAAAUGUUCAACCCAAACAACAACGUCCAGGGUGCCAGUGGCAGCAGUAGCAGCGGCAACAACAGUGCUACCCCGGGAGCCCCCAAUGCGACAACGGCCGGUCCGAUCGACCGUCUCAGGAUGCUGUAUCCGAAUGUCAACGAAGCUGUCGACCCGCUGCCACGCUCCUGGAGCCUGCAGGAUAAAUGCAGCACCAUCGGAUUAACGCAAAACAAUUUACGUGUUCACUACAAAGGAAUUGGCAAAUCACACACAGAUGCGGCCUCGGUGCGUACGGCCUAUCCAAUCCCGGCCGCCUGUGGACUGUACUACUUCGAGGUAAAAAUCAUCUCCAAGGGCCGCGAUGGAUACAUGGGCAUCGGGCUAACACACACCAACUUCAAGAUGAACCGUCUGCCCGGUUGGGAUAAGCAAUCGUACGGCUAUCACGGCGACGACGGACACUCCUUCUGCUCGUCCGGCAAUGGGCAACCGUACGGGCCCACAUUUACCACCGGUGAUAUUAUUGGUUGUGGCGUCAAUCUGGUCGACAAUACAUGUUUCUACACCAAGAAUGGCCACCAUCUGGGCAUCGCUUUCAAGGAUCUACCGCCCCGGUUAUACCCGACGGUCGGAUUACAAACGCCCGGCGAGGUAGUCGAUGCCAACUUCGGUCAGGAACCGUUCAAGUUCGACAUCGAAGACAUGUUAAAGGAGCUGCGGGCCAGCACGAAGGCUACGAUCUACAACUUCCCACUGCCGGAUGAUCAGGGCGAUUGGACGGUGAUCUUGCACAAAAUGGUUUCCUCCUAUCUGGUCCAUCACGGGUACAGCUCGACGGCGGAAACGUUCGCACGGACCACGGGUCAAACUUUACAGGAAGACAUGACAUCGAUUAAAAAUCGACAAAAAAUUAUAAAACUAGUGCUUUCCGGUCGUAUGGGACAAGCAAUCGAACAAACCAUUCGUCUCUAUCCGGGUCUGCUAGAGUCGAAUCAAAAUCUGCUUUUUAUGCUGAAGUGCCGACAGUUUAUCGAAAUGGUAAACGGAUCCGACUUUGACCUAGGUACUCCUUCGUCGCGUACGAGCCCAGUGCAAACAUCGGUGAUACAAUCAACAAAAAGUUAUCAAAACGGUAGCACCAUUAUACCGGAUAACGCCGACAAUCAGGGAUACUUAAAGAAUAACGUCCUCAGUAAUAACACCAACAAUAAUAAUAAUGGCAACUGCAUCGAAGACGACUACUCGAACGACAUUGAGAUGGAGAACGGUCACAGCAAUAAUAGCGCCACGAAUGGUUACAAAAACGGUACCGCAACACGAACGAACACAAACGAAUCGGUAGAAGAGGAAGAGGAGGAACCAGACACCGGCAGGGAUGAAGAUAUGGACGUGGACUCAUCGCUAUCGCCAAACUGUAAAACGGCGAGUGCCACGACAAAGUCGGGUGUCGAGCGGAUGCUAGAAUUUGGCCGGGAGCUGUUCCAGAUGAGCCAACGACUGGAGAAGGAACAUGGUGUUAAUGAAACUAAUCAAAAAAUGUUAGAGGAUGCAUUUAGUUUAUUAGCCUACUCUAAUCCAUGGGCCAGCCCGCUCGGCUGGCAACUGUGCCCAUCGCGUCGUGAAGCUGUAUGUGCUGCUCUAAACUCUGCCAUAUUAGAAUCAAUGAAUUACUCAUGGCGACCACCGCUAGAGGUGUGCAUAGCGCAUGCCUGCGAACUGCUCCGUCUCAUGUCGAGCUCAUCCCUGGGUGCGUGCGCGUUCGUCAAUGUGGACGAUAUUCUUGCUCAACAACAGCAACAUUGACUACGUCUAAUACUUCAGCUAGCGCCUUACUUCAAUUUCUAAUGGAUACGCCAUCAUUUCUUUACCCAACAUUUCCUCCCGCCAACAACACCAACACACCCGGACUCUCACAUAUUCUCCCCCCUGCAUGCAACGAACGCUCCAUUUAGAAGAGCCCUUUUGCGGGCCGAAUACGAAUACGAGGGAAAGGGCAGCCCUGCUUUAGUGAGAAACGCUAUAGAACCGACGAACUAAUGAAACCAGAAGCUACGAAAAGCACAGUCGAUGUGUUACGAUAGUGAACGGCCGUCUGAAGCGUGUGUUUGUGUUUACCGCCCUUAACUGUACAGGUUUCUUUUUUGUUGUUGUUUCUAAAAAUUACUAUUCAUACAUCACAUGUAAAAUUAUCUUGACGGCGCCAAAGCUAACCGACUUACCGGUGGAAUUAAUUUCAAGGCGCCGACAGGUUAACACAACGUACGAAUUGUUUGCUGCGUUAAAGCCCCUUAUUUGACCACCAUUGAAGCAACCAAAAUAAUUAAAGCCUCUCAAUACUUUUAACAAAUGAAUGAAUGCGCGCUGCUGUUAGUAAGUAAUCUGUUCAUACAAUAUUUCCUUCUUCAUCACAACACGAUCACGGGUGAUCUGGUAAAGGGGGAAUGAUCGUUGCUUUCCUCGCAUGCACACAAACGAAAAGUGCACGUACGAUCGCGGGACGGAGUUAAACCGACAGUUAAAAAGGGGGCUUUUCCCUAUGCAAGGCAAAAGAAGAUGUAGAUCGUGGUCCAAUAAUGGUUGAUUUGUCGAUCGCGUAAUGCGCUCGAGUAAUGUAGCACCACCAGCUCUCAUGUGAGUUUGAUAAUAAUCAGCAACGGUAGAAACUCGAAUGUAUGUGUGCGCCCGCGUGUGUGUGGAUUUGUGGAAAGAUAAAAAAAUGUCUGUAAAGUGUAAAAGAAGUGUACUAAUAUAUUUAGCCCGUUAAAUUAAACUGCAUCGAUAAAGAGAGAGAGAGAGUGGAACCGGUGGUAGUACGAUUUGGUAAUAGUAAGGGAAAAUAGCGAGAGAUUUGUGCGCAUAAGUAAGGAAAGGAAGCAGCACGCAGAAUGAUCAGUUUAGCAAGUAAGAGUGAUAACCGCUGUGUGUAUGUGUGUGCGUAUAUGAAUAGGUUUGCGAUCCGGGAAGGAAACAAAAAUCAUAAGCAAAAGGAACCUUCUCUUACAUCUCUUCAAAAUAUUAAAAAAAAAUCGCGAUGAAAAGGGAUAGGAUACAAAUGCAUCAUGGGUAAAAUUGCAAUGAUACAAUACAGAACAGAAGGAUUAAUUAAUCGCGGGAGUGAAUGGAGCAAAAACAAGGAAGUUUAGUAGUUUUAAUCAAACUUUCGUUUUUUUUUCUUAUACUUCCCAUUAAACCAGCAAAAUGGCUUGCUUGCAUGCCGUGUUUCAA